GCCCCGCCAUAUUAGAUGUGAUGGUUUUUUCCUGCCAGUGAUAGAUACCACCCAGAUUGGGAGAAUCAUUUUAACCAAUCUGUUGACAAUGAUAACAAGGUCUCAUAAGGGAGGUAGAUCUUGGAAUGGCCAUUGGGAUUUGGAUCAUGUUAUGGUCAGUGACUCGUUGGAUGUUAAGAUCGAUUUGCCAUGUACUUAUCAAGCGGCAUGUAAAACAGAGGCACAUGAUUUUCUUAGAGUUGCUACUGACGUUCUUCCAGAGUAUGAGGUAGGUGGUAAAUGGCCAGGCCUUUUUAGGCAUCUUGACAAGUCACUUAGAAAUUACAUUGAUCAUCUGAGGUACGGCAGUGCGAUGCUAAGAAAGUUUCAAAGAUUUAUCACCAUCCAUCCUGCACUGAAGUCGUCCUUGACAAGAUUACAAAUAAUUGAUAAUAUUUAUUCAGCCCAUCAAGCAACAACUGGCCAAGUGAAGAGAUUACUUCAAUCAAUUCUGAACUCUGUGACACUUCGACAAGACUGGAGAGUCCGAUGUCAAAAGCAGGAUGGUAGUGUAUCCUCUGUCUCCCCAAUUCAUACUGUUGUAUAUGAACACCACAGAGCUAAGAUGGAAAAAAGUGAAUCCAAUGAACAAGGAGAUGAGAAUGCAGAAAAGGAAGGUCAUGAACUUGGAGGCUAUGUUGGGAAUGAUGGUGGAAAUGAAGAAUGCCCUGAACAACGUGAAGAGUAUGAACCCUUUGAGAAUUCAGUGGAAGAUGGCAUGGUUUACUUACGCCAUGUUCGUCAUCAUGGUUGGAAAGGCUCAAAAGACAAUAUGGGCAAACAACAAUUCUUGCGGCUGUCUGAUUUGGAACUGGUAAAUUCAAAUUCCUUGGAUGAAAUUUUACCUGCAAUGGUGGAAUGUCUAAUAUUGCAUAAAGAUGAUUACCACCACAUGUAUGACAAGGAUAUCUAUGAUAGAGUUUUGGGAUGGAUUGAUGAAAUAUUGGAGAACUAUGAACUCCUUGAGUUCCCUAAAAGCUAUGAAAAUCAAGACCUCAAAACUACUGAACGUUACGGCAUAGAUUUUCCUGCUAUAACUCCAACAGGUCACGAUGAUGCCUUCCCCGAUCCUCACAGUGGUAUUGGUGGUGGCAGCAGCCAGCAUGUUGAUCCAAAUGAUCCAAGCUUCUUUCCUUCUAAUCCCUUGCAUGUACCCUUAAGUGGCACAGGGAGUGCUCCACCGAGUGGUCAUUAUAAUCCAAUUGGUCCACCAGAUGUGCCAGGGCUUGAGCCUUCUUGCUCUGCGAGGCGUCCAAAGCAGGAGGCCCCCCUUCAAAGGCCACCUUCCUAAUCGUAUUUGAAGCACUUCGAACUGCUAGAUUGCAAAUAGCUUAUCAGACAUUGCCUGUAAAAACGUAUGCAAACUCCUGUAUUUAUCAUACCCUUGCACACCAUA